AUGAGGCGGGCGGCCUGGCAACAUCCCACCUACUUCACCAGGCUGAAGGCGAACCCCCACCGGGGAGUAUUUCCCUGUCCACGAGGUCACGCCAGCCACAGAGACGCAGCGCGCCAGCAGAAAUGGUGCUGCGCUGAGGGCGCCUGGAAAGGGCUGAGCUCAAUCCCAAGAGGAGAAGGAUUUCCACGCCUUCCACAGAGCCCACAGCCAAACCACGGCAGGGAGCAAGACCUCGAUACCAGCAUGAAGGAAGCCACUGAGAUAUUCUCUCUGGACAGUGCUGGCUGGAGGCAGACCAAGGCCCAGGACACUAUUUUUUGCUCUGAAGAAGAUAACAGUCUGUAUUUCACAUACAGCGGAAAAUCAAACAUUCUCGAGGUCAAAGAACUCAACUACCAGGUUAACAUGGCAUCCCAGAUUCCCUGGUAUGAAAAGCUCGCACAGAUGCAGAUGCCAUGGACCUGGAAAUCAGAUCCCCGUUCUUGUGUGCCAAUAAUCCAGAAUCUGAAUUUAAAAGUUCAGAGUGGUCAGAUGCUAGCUAUUAUAGGAAGCACUGAUGGUGGAAAGACAUCUUUGCUUGAUGUGAUAACAUGUCGGGAUCAUGGAGGCAAAAUCAAGUCUGGUCAAAUCAUGAUCAAUAACAAACCCAGCACUCCCCAGCUUGUUAAGAAAUGCAUCGCACACGUGCGGCAGGAUGACCGACUGCUCCCCCACCUGACUGUCAGAGAAACGCUAUUGUUCGUUGCCAAACUGCGCCUUCCAAAGUUUUUUUCAGACUCACAAAGGAAAAAAAGGGUAGAAGACGUGAUAGCAGAGCUACGCUUGCGUCAGUGUGCAAACACCAGGGUAGGGAACGAGUACCUCCGCGGCGUUUCGGGAGGCGAGAGGCGGAGAGUGAGCAUCGGUGUGCAGCUGCUCUGGAACCCGGGAAUACUCAUCCUUGAUGAACCCACAUCUGGACUGGACAGUUUUACGGCACACAACCUCGUGAUAACGUUAUCCAGACUGGCCAGAGGAAACAGACUAGUUCUCCUUUCACUUCAUCAGCCCCGGUCAGAUAUCUUCCAACUGUUUGAUUUAGUUCUUCUGAUGACGUCUGGACUCACUGUCUAUUCUGGAACAGCUAGAGACAUGGUCCAGUAUUUCACUGAACUAGGCUAUCCCUGCCCAAGGUACAGCAAUCCCGCAGACUUCUAUGUUGAUUUGACCAGUAUCGACAAACAGACCGCAGAAAAGGAGAUGGAGAGCCGAAAAAGAGCAAAUACUCUUGCCAACUUGUUCCUAGAAAAAGUCAAAGAUUUCGAUGAUUUCUUAUGGAAAGUUACUGAAAGAGACAACGUUGCAACCACAUCCAGCAAGCAAAGGUCCCAUUUAAGUUCAGAAGAGGCUAUCAACAUGCCUCACCAUUCAAGUCAUCAGUUACCAGGAGUCUUAAAGCAGUUCACUGUAUUAUUAAGUCGUCAAGUCUCCAACGACUUCAGAGAUCUGUCAACGUUAUUAAUCCAUGGAUCCGAGGCCCUUCUCAUGUCAUUAUUAAUUGGAUUUUUGUACUACGGCCAUGAGAAAACGAGGCUCUCUAUUCGUGACACAACAGCACUGUUGUACAUGAUAGGUGCACUGAUCCCAUUCACAGUGAUUUUGGAUGUUGUUGCCAAAUGUCAUUCAGAAAGAGCUAUGCUUUAUCACGAUUUGGAAGAUGGAAUGUACUCUGUUACUCCGUACUUCUUUGCUAAGGUAACUGCUGAGAUCCCACCCCACUGUGCUUUUUUUUUUGUUGGUUUUUUUUUUUGUUUUUUUUCCCCUCUUCCUGAACAGCGGAACGUCCUGGUGUGUGGGCUGGCUGUGUACAGCGCCCGCGCGAUGGCACUCUGGAUGGCAGCGCUGCUGCCGACGUUACAGCUCUCAGCCUUCGUGGGCAACGUCCUCUUCACAUCGUUCUACCUGAGCGGUGGUUUUGUGAUAAGCCUGGAAAACCUCUGGACAGUUCCAUUUUGGAUUUCUAAAAUCUCCUUUCCCAGAUGGAGUUUUCAAGGCAUGAUGCAGAUUCAGUUCACUGACAUCACAUACGAAAUGGCUGUUGGAAACACCACCGUCCAAAUACCAGGGAAACUUGUGACGCAGGCCCUGGGCCUGGCCACCCAGCCGCUCUUCGUCACGGCGCGGGCGAUGGCGCGGGUGCCUCGGGAGGACGCGCAGGGGUGGAAAACGCAACUGUUCGCCAUCCGGCGUUGUUUGCCAGCGCUCAUCCGCUUUGAGGCUGGGCCUUCGUGUUCCAGUUAG